UGCGGUUGUACACUUCACUCCAAGACUGCGAUCUUUAUGCACCUGUUGUGCUCCAUCUAACCACAUAAUAAUCCCACCCUUUCCUUCCCUUCAAACUGUACUCAAAUGUCCUCGACACCUCGCGAAAUAGGCACCCUCAUCGUCGUCAUUCUCAAAGCGAGAAACUUAGUCAACAAAAGACAUUUUGGAAAGCAAGAUCCGUAUUGUGCUGCCACCCUCAAUGGCGACACACGGCGCACCAAAGCAGUAAAGCGCGGUGGCCAACAUCCAGAGUGGGACGAGGAGUUCCGCUUCACUAUAUUCGAAGAUGUGGAGGACGAGCUGGCUCGUACUGCACACGGCUCGGAUACCCCCCCUCCUCCCCCGCCCAAGAAAGCAAGCAAGAAGAAGAUCAAGGGAGGAAAGACGAUGAGGUUGUCAUGCUACUCGGAUGAGCCUCGCGAUCCCGAGCUGAUUGGGGAGGCCCUGGUGAAUUUGACAGAAGUCCUUACUAGGGGGGAGACAGACGAAUGGUUCCCUUUGUUGAACAAAGACAAGUAUUCGGGAGAAGUCUACCUGGAGCUGACCUUUUGGUCCAAUGAACCACCGCCUCAGAAGAAGCCAGCAACAAAGACGUCAGUGGCAAACAAGCAGUACGGAGGCCCCGGUUCUUUCGUCCCUGCGGGAGAAAGCAACUCGUCCUUGAAUGGAUCCGGCGGCAACUCUCGAGUCUCUUUAGUCAAUGGCAACGAGGGCAACCCUCUGAACUCGCUUCCGUCGGCCAUGCGCUCAUCUUCGCAGCUACAGCUGUAUGCACCUGCAUACGAACAGAAGCGUCGUGUUUCACCUGGCCCGGUGGACCGUCUCACCAACGACUUUGGCGAGCUCGGUGUGGCAGAUCACCAUAGGAGGGAUAGCUUUCCCCCCAUGCAAACCUUGAAGCCUUCAGCAUCCUCAGGUUUCCAAUCGCUGCAAUCUCAUCCUCAUCACUAUGAUCCUCAUCAGUCCAUCGAUGGCUCAGCUUUCCACGAAGGCACUGGAUCCCUUGCGGGGCCGCCUUCCCAGUAUCGUGUGCCACCUGAUUCGUACUACCCUACGUAUGACGCUGGUGGGAGCUCUGGCAUAGGAUACCGUGCUCCCACGCGUCAAGGUCCGAGGUACAGCAUGCCUACAUCAUCGUCUGGAUUCGCCCCUAUUCCUACACCUGCUCCACCUAUGCCUACAUCCAGCUUCGGUUCAACACCGCAAUACGUGCCCGAGUCAUCCGGGUUUGCCCCUGCGCAUCCGUCUCAUUCCAUACAUCCGACAACAGUGGCGCCGGCGCCCUACUCACAGAACCCGCCUCCGUCAACACGAAGCCGGCCUCCAAGCCAUUCGUUCAGCACGCCUGCGAGUUCUUUUGUGCAAAACCCGCCCCAGCCUGAGCAGCAGUAUCCUUCUCAGCAUGAAGGGAUGUAUCCAUUCCCAACCGAGUCGCAGCAUCCAUACUCCCCGCGGUCGGCACCUCCGCCACCUAGCCACCAUCUGAACGCGCUUCUCCCUGCAGCUUCGGCGCCUCCUGUCGCUCAUAGCGCAUCACAACCUCCAUUACACAGCUUUGCAGGUCUUACGCAUGCCACGCCUUCUCCUUCGCACGAUUAUGGAGCUUCUGCACCUACACCUGGGCCUCCUUCAAUGCUCACGGGAACACCAAUUCCUCCUCCCUUACAGACUGUUCCCGGCUCACGGCCGCUUCCUCAACCUCAGACUGCACCUCGUCAGGCUUCUUUGACGCUGCCGCCCACCUCUAGUUAUCCCCAACAUCCCCCUCGGAGUCCGACUCGUGCAUCAUCUGUGAACGGGAGCGGUUUUAACGGGCCUGUGUCCUAUUCCAACAUACCACCGCCCCCCGCGCCUCCUGCCCGGCCUCCCUCGCAGUAUGGUGGAUCAACACAAGCUUAUGGGACGCCACCUAAUGAAAUGCAAAGUAUGCCGGACGCUGCCACUCUCCAACAAUCUUACGGACGGCCCUCAGCUAAUCCAUCGCCUAUACGUCCUGCAUUGCCGCAACCGCCGAUGCAACACCACCAGUCGGCACAGUCAGCUUUGUUCCAGCCCAUCCCUCCUCCCCCUCCCCCUCCUGAGUUGCCUAGCCACAUGCAGCAACACCCACCUCCAUCACGUCAGGCGGUCCCUACUUCUUCGUUUUCCCUAGGACCUCUGCCUCGUCCACCUCAGUACAUUGACCAUUAUCAUGGUUAUGCGCCGCCGGCUCCGGCGAUGUAAUUGUCAAGAUGUACAAUUCACGAUCAUGAAACGUCACGAAAUGUCAAGACACUAACUAAUAGAAGAUGUCGAUAUGUUCUCAAAAUUUGCUUGCAAAACAACAAAUGAUCUAUAAUCAUGGUACUAACAGGACAGUUGUAUAUACCACCUCAUCUCGCUGGACGCUUGCAGUAACAAUCUAAACAUAUAGUCACACCUGCUGUAUCCAU